UGCGAAACACCCACUUCUCUCUGCUUGCCUCCUCCCGAUGUGCGCGUGUGGAGUAAUGGAAAAACCGAUACGAACGUCCGAGCGCCAGCGAUCUCUCGCCGGUGACCACCACUGAUCCCGCGGCGGCGAUCCCCGUCAUCCACCGCCCGGUAGAGAACCCCGCGCCGGUUUUUCCGUUCGGAUCGCCGGCGCGUUUCCGAGUCAUCGAGCGAGCUCCCGUCGGCGGGAGCUGCUGCGGUGCGAGCGCGCCGCCUCCGUUCGGCCUCUCUCGUCUUCGCUCCGCGGCUCGAUUCCGUCGACACCGCGAGCUCCGCCGCCAUGCGCGCGCUGCAUUCCUUCUCUCGUCUCCUUCUCUAGUCGCUCCGUCGCUCGGUUUGCAUCUGAGCUUUGGGAUCCGAAGAGGAGGAGUGUCUCCGCCGACAUGUCGGACUGGUUCACCUCCAAGCUCAAAGCCGCCGAGAGCAUUCUUCAGAAGAUCGAUCAGCAAGCAGCCGAGUCGCUCCGUAAGGACGAGAGGCCUCAAUCGGAUGGUCUAGGCGUGGAUGCUCCGGCGAGGAGUGGAGGCUCAGUGCCUUUGAAGGAUCAAUUGAAGAAGAAAUCGCCGGAUAGCAGCGACCAUGGAGGUAGAUUGUUUAGUGAUUUCAGCAAUAGCGUGACUAGCCGCCAUGAAAGUAAUAAGGGGAUUGCGAGCGCUUCAAGCCCGAAACCCGGUCCAACGCCUAACUCCGAUGUUACCGACGGCGACUGGACCGAGUUAUUGAGUACACAUAAUCCGCCAUCGGCCUCCCCUGGGAAACGUAGCAAUGGGUUGCCUGGGGGGGUUGUCGGCGGUAAGAAUAACUACAGGAGGCAGGGGAGCUUCGGUUCUAAUUCUAUGUCGACGGAGCUGAAGAGGAACCAGAAGACCAGUAAUACUGUUGCGAAAGUAUCUAGGAGAUCGGGCGUUCUUAGGGACAACAAGUUGAAUGGGAAACCCGGCGAUGGGGAAGACUCUGGGUUAUCUGAUUCUGCAGGCAUGAGAAUGACUUCAGAUGUUAAUUCAGCAAAUAAUGGGAAGUUCGUCGGGCAACAAGCUUUGGAUAAGAACAUUGCAAAAGGAAAUACGAUGCUUAAACCGGCCCUUGAGGAAAGUAUGGAGAAUGUUAGGCAGUUGAAUGUUGUCCCCCUUCAGGAGAAUGUCUCUCGUUUAGUAGAUGGCAGUGGUUCCACAGUACUACCAAUCGGUGCUGUUGAUGCUGCUUCUCAAUUGAAGGUAGGAUUUAAUAAAGAUGGUCAUGGGGUACAGGGCACUUUGGGCACUUCUCUUCCUAGAGAUCUUGAUGCUGGUUCGGCCUCAGAGACUACAUCUGGUUCAGCAUCUGAUUCUGAGAGUGAAGAUGAACGGGAAAGAGAGGAGAGAAGAAAAACAAGGGAGAAGAUUCUCGCUGAGAAAGCAGCAGCUAAGGCUGUUGAGGCCAUUAGAGAACGUGAGAAUAUGGUUGCAAGGUUGGAGGGAGAGAAGCAGAGUUUGGAGAAAAUAAUCGAAGAAAGAGCAAAGCAACAAGUGAAAGAGGCUUCGGAGCUGCAGACAACAAUGAUUGAGACUAUGGAAGCUGUAGAGGUGGAAAAGCAGAAACACAAUAAUACUAGAAUGGAGGCCCUUGCUCGGUUAGCUAAACUGGAGACAGCAAAUGCUGACCUAGCCAAAUCUCUUGCAACUGGACAAUGGAAUCUUGAAGUAGAGGUGAAGAGGGUGGCCGAACUUCGGCAACAAAUUGAGUUAAAAGAAGUAGCCCACGAGGAACUAAGGAGGAGGAUCUCCAACAGCCAUCAAACAGGAACCUCUGUAAAGCAGUUAGCCUCCACGAAGGCAUUGGAAGUUGAACGAGAGCUACUUGAGGCAGAGUGUGCUUUUCUUGCUGACAAAAUUGAGAAGUUGGAGGAAAAGGCCAAGAGUAUUGAAGCAAACAUUGAAAUGACAAGGAAGGAAAUGGAGGAGCCAACGGAAGUAGAACUUGAGCUGAAGCGACGGCUGGGUCAGCUAACUGACCAUCUAAUUCAGAAACAAGCCCAGGUCGAAGCUUUAUCCUCGGAAAAGGCUACUCUCGUUUUCAGGAUUGAGACGGUCUCGAGGAUGCUUGACGAGGGCCAUUCGACUAUUAACGUGGACAACUUCUCCGGCGUUCCCUUGAAGGACAUAGAGUCGGGGACCUGGGAGCUUUUCAAUUCGAGGACGAGGCCCUCGCUGGAAGACAAAAUCCGGUCAGGGAGGGAGCAACUGCACCUGCUGCUCCGGCAGCUGGACGCCAUUUUCUUGGCCGGUUCUGUGUUCCUGAAGAGGAACCCCACAGCCAAAAUCUGGUCUCUCGUUUACGUCGUGUGCCUCCACCUGUGGGUGUUCUACAUCUUCACGUCCCACACACAGCCGACGCCCGACGCCCGAUCUGGCGCCGUCAUGUCCUUGGAAAACAUGAACAGCUCAGGCGUGUGAUUCGGUGAGCGCACGACGUUUCUGAUGAUUAUUUGACACAUCUUUGCCUCAGCAUUUUAGAGGCGCAUUGCUUUAUGACUGGUUUCUGGGCCAUGCUUAUGCAAUUUUUCUUUCUGGCCU